AUGAACUGGCUUGUUUUUGCUGUCUCAUUGUUGUGGUUGGUGAUGCUGAUAGUAGCAUCUCCAUUAGCUUCUGAAGGUUCUCGAGAACAGGUACCUGUCAGCAAGUUAUCUAAUGUCAGGUCUGUUUCCCUCCCCAUCGGUGGCAGAAGUUUCCCUUCUCUUAAAGCACGCCGCUUCCAGGUUUCAUGUGCGGCUAAAAAGGAGACAGUGGAUAAAGUGUGCCAAAUGGUAAGGAAGCAGCUGGCUUUACCAGAUGAUGCUAGCAUGACUGGAGAGUCAAAAUUUGCUAACCUGGGAGCUGAUUCUCUGGACACUGUGGAGAUUGUGAUGCGACUUGAAGAAGAAUUUGGGAUCAGCGUGGAGGAAGAAAGUGCUCAAAGUAUCACAACUGUCCAGGAAGCUGCGGACAUGAUCGAAAAGCUAAUUGAGAAGAACUGAGGAAGACGUAGUUCCUUGUGAGCUUGUCUUAAUUUAUGCAUAUCUCAAUGCCCAUUGGUCGUGGAACUUGAAUUUAGUUUCUGAUGUACUAGUUGCAUCUUGUUUCAAGAGUCAUUGUGCCCUAUUUUAUUAGAAUAAUGACAGAAACUUACAAUUGCUCUAUUUCCUUUGGGCUCU